AGCUGUUGUUAUCGACAAUGGACAAAUCUGAUGGGCAAAUCACGUGUUUGAACGUGAUAAUAGCGUUUUCACGCGAAAGAAAUCGCUGUUAGUCAGUGUGGAUUAUGUAUAUACCCGCCGAAACCACAACAUGGGGGAUUUCAAGUAUAAUUCUCGCCCUCUCCCAAAUCGUCGAAAUUUAUGGUCACGUGACAAGACUCCCCCGCAACGAGCUCGGGAUGAAAGAGAGUUACUUAGUGCGCAUGCGUCCAAUAACUCCACAGAAUCUUCCGUCAAAAUGGCGUUAACUUGUAAAGUUCAGUAUUUAGAUGACACCGAUCCUUUCGCCAGCACAAAUUUUCCUGAACCCACAAGGCCUCCUACAUACACAUUCCAUCUGAAUAUACCACUUUUUCAGCAAAUCGGCGGACUCCAUCGGCUGUUGUCUGCUCCGCAUAGCAUCGACGAUGUGGCGCUGCAGCUGUCGCACAAUGGAUGUUAUUUGGAUUUGGAAAGCUCCCUGGAAGAGCAAGCCGAUUUAUUGGAAGGAUUUUUAGACAGCCGUAAAAACACAAUUAUUCUACGGACGGCUCUGUCGGUUCGAGUGCACAACUGUAUAGCUAAACUACUUGCUGCAUCAGGAAGAGAGCUCAGGAGAGCUUUGUUUUCAUUGAAGCAAAUUUUUCAGGAUGAUAAGGAUUUAGUGCAUGAGUUUGUCAACUCUGAUGGAUUAAGUGCACUGAUAUCAGUUGGACAAGAUGCUGAUCAAAACUAUCAGAACUACAUCCUUAGAGGUUUUGUAUGCAACACCAACUCAAGAUGGGUUUUAUGAUAUAACUGAUGCACUAGAAGAACAAGGAAUGGAACAGAUAAUAAAGAUGCAUCAAAAACGCAAUGGAACAAAUAUUGACUUGAUGGAACAGUUUAAUAUUUAUGAGACGGCACUCAGAAUUGAGGAUGGUGAUGAAGAAUUCCCAGCGUUUGGAACUUCUCCAUCAAUAAGACAAAGAAAAAGGACGACAUCGUAUGCUACAGGUGACAGAAGACGGAGUCGACGACAUAAUUCAGUCAGCCAAAUUGACGUAUCAUCCAUCACAAAGGACAACCUCCUUGUCCCUCCAAGAGCCAAAAUCAGGGAGGGCUCAAUGCAUAAGGUGGCCAGUGCUCCUAAUGUGGGUACCGCUGUGAAAGUGGAGCCCCCUACUUUGCCUGUUAAGACUUCAGCAAGCACAACACCAUCAUCGUCAACAGAGUCAGAAUUGGACGAGAAAACUAAAAAUCGUUUAGAAAGAAAGCAGCGCCGCGCCGCUAGACGGGCUGCCUUGGGGAUAGCUGAACCAGAACCAGAGACGUCCAUACCUAGUAGGAAUGACAGAGGCAGACAGCGAUCUGACAGCAAGAACAGCGCAAAUGACAGGAAUCAUUUGGAGGUGUCUUCACCACCUAGCGACAGACCACGGUCACCUCGUUCAUCACCUCGAUCAUCACCACGCCCUUCCCCCAGAAACUCACCAACGCUUAGCCGGAGAAGAUUCAAGUUUGAGGAGCCACAAAUAGAAGAGAAACCAAGUUAUAAAUCAAUGGGGCAUCGAGAAGAAACUCUGCGGGCGCAUGAAGAUCUCGGAAGGCAACCAAAGGCUGAGGCAUCAAGUCACAGGAAAGAUUUCUCGGAGCACAAAGAGGAAAAAUCUCCGUAUAGAAAGGACUUAAACGUUUCGGUAGUGAGUAAGAAAAAGACUCCUGAUGUAAAGAGAGACAGCAGUAGGGAAUCUUUGACGAACAACUUAGAUAAUAAUGGAUCUUCAGAUCAAAGAACUAGUGAUGAAAGUGAGGACACUGACGAUAAACUUGGUUCUAGUACGGACGAUUUGCUUAACAAUAAUGAACAUACAGAAACUGUAACGUCUUCGGAAGAUCAUAUCAACAGACGAACUAGCACAAGUAGUUCUACAAAUGAUGGUAGGCGGCCCAGUGUUGUAGAUCCGGAGAAGCGAUCGAGUGUCUGUGAAGGAUUUCCAGGAUUCCCCAACAAAAAGAUGAUGUUAUCAAUGUUAUACGGACAAAAGUCCAUUGAUGAUGCCGAUAGGAAAAGCAUGGAUGGUACUUUAUCUCCAGGAGGGGAUUCAGUUCAGGAAAGGAAACAGCAGCUGAUGUCGUCCGGAGGCAACGAUGAAGCCGGGCAGAGGCCAACAGAGUUACUUGCAGUUGAUAAUUUAGUAAAUGAGGCUGUGAAGAGAUUGAGUGGUUGUAUUGAGGUUGACGAGGAAAAUGAGACACCCUCUAGUCCUCCGGAGGGCAACUUUGAAGGACUCGUGGAGAAAGCAAAGUCUGGGCUUACAAAACAGCCAACUGUUGACAAACCUGAUCCGGCUGCGGAGGAAGAGGCUAGAAAACAGGAAGAACUACGGAAGAAACAAGAGGAAGAGCGAAAAAGACAGGAGGAAGAAGCUGCUAGGAAAGCCGCUGAAGAAGCCGCUAUACAAAAGGAACUGGAAUGGGAGAAAAUGAUCAUACUAAAAAGGAAACUCAUUGUAAACGAAUUCAACUUCACUGAAUUAGAGAAUGAUGAAGAUGAACUUCUGGACAGUACGUCUUCCCAAGCAGAUGAAACAGAUGCCCAUCCUCAUCGAGGAGUUCCCAUGUUUGGGAUUCCUGUGCCCCCACCCCCUUUCCCUGGUGGCCCCCCGCCCCCUCCACCACCUCCCGGUGGUGCUGCUCCCCCUCCACCUCCCCCGGGACUACCCAAGGCACCCGUUGUGAAUGAUGCUAAUCCGAAGAAAAAAUUGGUUCGUUUAUUUUGGCAAGAGGUUAAGAAUUCACCCCUUAUAAACGGUGUAAACAAGACAAUUUGGGGAAGUAUUGAUUCUGUGGAUGUUGAUACCAAAAAACUGGAACACUUGUUUGAGAACAAAACGACUGCUAAAGUAAAGAAAGGCGAGGGUGAAGAUAAAGACAAAAAGAAGGAAAUAGUUGUUCUGGAAAUGAAGCGAUCUCAAGCGAUUAACAUCGGUUUGACCAAGUUACCACCCAUCAGAGCUUUGAAGCAAGCUAUUCUGGCGAUGGACAGCGCCGUAAUCGAUAGGGAGGGGAUUGAUAAAUUGCUCCAGUUACAACCAACGGCGGAAGAGAAAACCAAGAUACAGGAGGCUCAUAUGUCAAACCCAGACGUGCCUUUGGGGACAGCUGAGCAGUUCCUGCUAACAAUGUCCUCCAUUAACGAACUGGCGCCGCGUUUGCAUCUGUGGGCCUUUAAACUUGACUAUGAUCAGCUAGAAAGGGAGGUAGCGGAGCCUCUAAUGGAUUUAAAGGAGUCUGUACAAGAACUGCAUAACAACGACACCUUCAAACAUAUAUUGGCCACUCUCCUUGCAAUUGGAAACUUCUUGAAUGGAAAAAAGGUGAAGGGGUUCCAGUUGGACUAUCUGGCAAAAGUACCAGAAGUGAAAGACACAGUGCACAAGCAGUCGUUGUUAUAUCACUUGUGCUGUAUGGUGAUGGACAAAUUUCCAAACUCCACUGAUUUUUAUAGUGACUUAGGAGCCUUACAUCGCAGCUCUAGGGUGGACUUUGAUGUGGUGAUGGAUAACUUAAAGAAACUGCGUGAAAACUGUAAAAAGUCUUGGGAAUACUUGAGUAUUGUUGCCAAACAUGACAGCACCAAACAACUCAAAAGCAAAAUGAGUGAAUUUUUAGCAGACGCUCAGGAGCGGAGCACAAUCCUCAAAGUUGUCCACAGACGGGUCAUCAACAGAUUUCACAAGAUGUUGUUGUACCUUGGACUACAGUCAAGCGUAGCGAACAAGACCAAGGUGAACGAGUUUUGUAAGAUUAUCAGUGAGUUUUCUUUGGAAUACCGAACCACCAGGGAACGCGUGAUUCAGAUGAAGAAGAAGAAAGAGAACAUGAGGGAACGUAGCAAGACGAGAGGAAAACUUAUUACAGAAACAGAGUCUUACUCAGUAGCCGCCAAGGUAUCCGCUGAGGAAAACAUAGAAGCGUUUCGUAAAGCUCUCAUAUCUAAUGGUGAUGAAACGGAUAACGCAAGAGAGAAGUUGAAAAGCGCCACACUGCCGGGAACACGGAACAGGAUCAAGAGCGCUGGUCCCUCUCGCACUAAUUCUGGCAUACAAACACUAGAUGAAUUUCAAGACGACACUACUGAUGAAGUGAUCAACACGUUGGCCAAGUCGGCGACAGUUCCGGAUUCAAGAACAAGACAGGGAAGAAAGCGACCCAGGGCUUCCAAUAGAAAAUCAGCUCGAAGGACACUUAAGAGUGGUAUUAGUCCUGAAGAUAUUGAAAAGCUAACUAAACAGUAUAUGAAUAAUAUGGAAACCAAAUGACCCUUGUUAACUUAAUUUAAACAGAAUUUAUCAGUAAUUAUAUUUUUUUACAAAGAAAUAGUCUUAUUGGAUACUUCGAUGCAAGGCAGGCUGUUCAACACGUGGAUUCAUGAAGGGUUGUUUUGUAGCGACGGUGAACGAGUAGUGAAAUCUGGAUAUUUGUAUAUAAAAAUUGUGAGUUUUAGGACAUUGUAAAGUUUAUUUCUCUUCCCAUGUUGGUAUCAACAACGAAUUGUAGAUUUUGACCAACUAACGGUGGUGUAGUUGAUCCGUCUUCAUACUACUGGUACAUUCCUCUUGUAAUAUAUUUCCAUCAACUAAAACUUCCAACAAAAUAGUUGAGCUACCACGGAUUUCCUUUUCUCUCUAAAGGUAAACAAGCAAUGUUUUGAUGUCAGUUUUUACUACUUUUAUUCUCUUAAAAAGCAUAUUUUAACAAAUUUGUAAUUAUAAACAGUCCUAAGAUUUUUUCUAAAUAAUGACCAAUACGUUUCAUUGUCGUUUGUGAAUUCUGCGUAAUUUCAUGACUCGCACUGAACUUGAAUUGCACAUAAACUAACUGAUCACUCAAACAUUGUUUUGAUCUUUUUCUCUCCUGAUUUCCACGAAUGAUCAGUAGUAGAUUCUCCUCGCAAAUAAUGCUAUAAGAGGUACGAGCUCUAAAGUAUACCAAAUAAUCAGUGAUUGUAGGGGGCGUAUAGCUGAGUAUCAUCUGAGCUUCUAAGUUGACAAUUAGACAGCCGUCCUCUAUGAGAAAGCAUCACCUUCUGUCGCUGACGAUUUGGCGGUAAUUUUGUAUAUUUGUUAGGGAAUAAUUUGUCCUUGUUAAUAAUGAACUAUGUUAAAUGUGCAGUAUUUCCUUUCCGGUCACAAGCAGGUCUUGUUGUCCUGACUUCAAAUGGAUUCUAUGAUAAUACUGCCACAUAACAUGAAAAGUCUACAA